AUGUUUAUCGAUUAUCUUGGACAUAAGAUAACCAGAGAAGCUAUAAGACAACAAUUACGAUAUUCAUCCAAAAAUGUAAAAAUAAAUAAUUAUAGUAAACGUAUCACCCAACCUAAAUCCCAAGGUGCUUUUCAAGCUAUAUGUGAUAUACGGAAAAGGGUUGAACCUGAAGACACGGGUAAAGCUCUAAUUGGUAUAGCAAUUAAUGAAAGAGUGGUUGAAGCUGGAAUGAUCGGUUAUAGAUUUAAUACCGUGGGUGUAAGUGAUGGUGUUAGCAUAGGUACAAGAGAAAUGUGCUUCUCUCUUCAAAGUAGAGAUUUAAUUGCAGAUUCAAUCGAAACAGUGAUGGGUGGACAAAGGUAUGAUGCCUUCCAAAAAUAUUCUUGGAUGCUUGAUGGCAAUGGGACGUCUUAA